UCAGACGAAUAACUGGUUACAUCCCCAGUGUGCGAUACACAUCACAUAAUUGUGUUCUUGAGUCAGUUUGGGUUGCAUUGCGAGCCUGUCAGCAUCCCUUCCUCCCUAGCGGUACCAUAGGCGUCUGGGUUUCGUCUCGACAAAUUAUCCAUCUUCGAAAUUUAUGCUCCAUGAAUAUUGAGUGACGGAAGCAAAGGAAGACCCUGUGUGACGUCAAUAGUCGGCCAUUUUGCUUCCAUCUUUCAACAGAACAGUCACAGAAACGCUAGCCAUGAUGAAGCUGUUUCUUGUGCUCACCACAGUGGUGUCCCUCAGUGUGGCUGAGUUCUCCCUCGACCGUUCCUACGACACCCUUGUCGACCUUGCCCGCCUCUACCGCAUGCAGAACCUCAACAGCUUCGACGAUUACACUGGUGACGAUAUUGACAGCCGCAGCGGCGACUGGGCCGCCCCAUACGGUGACGCCAUGUACAAGGACCCUCAGUUUGGUGGCACUCACCUCCGUGAUCAGGAACACAUUGAACAGAGCUCUCUUUUCGGAUCUCAGUCCAUAACAGGCGGUGCAACUGGGAGUAAAAGCAAGUCCGACAAACCUCUCCCAGCCUACUGCAACCCACCUAACCCCUGUCCCAUCGGAUACAAUGCCAAAGACAACAACUGCGUGGAAAACUUCAACAACAGCGCGGACUACAACCGUGAGCUGAUGGCGAAGCAGGACUGCCCCUGUGACACCGAGCACAUGUUUGCCUGCCCCGAGGGACGCGGCACCGUCAGCAGCAAAUCCCAGGGAGACAGCGCAGCGAUCAAGCAGGUCAUGGCCGAACUCAACACACUCGGAGGCUCUGAUUUAAAUUCCUUCAUGCCUGAUGAGACGAAGAGAGAGUCACUCGUGGCCAAGAAGUCGCCAGAGCUCAGCCGGAAUAAAAGAUCUACUGGGGAGGCUGUUCCAAAUCCAUAUUUCGUAGGCCAGAGAAUGAGAGUUUCUGCCAAAAAAUCGCCUACCUAUAAGUACAAGCAUCAGUAAAACACGAAGCACGCCAUGCUCUGUCAUGCUGUUGACUUCCGGCUCUGCGCAACAGCUCUUCUGACCACCAUGGAUGCCAUUUUAUGCUUACGUUCAUUACUUAAGACAAACAGCGUACGACGCACCUGACUAAAGUAUGUGGCAACAAGAUUUUAUGUUAUGAAAUAUCAAUACGGCCAGUGAUGUAUCGGAUCAUUUGUAGAUAAUGUGCCUAGUCUGAAGAUUUCAUAAUAGUUAUCUCCCUUAGUUCACUUGACAAUGCACUUCUAAUACUAGUGAAAACGACAUUAAUUUAAAUCAUCAAUUUUAUUCACAAUGCUAAAACUGGUGAACAUUACUGGGUGUAAAACUCAGAUGCGUCGAAAGAAAUACAGCAUCACAGGGAUUUAGAUUGAAAGUCUACCAGUUAAUCAUGGUAUUGUCCACUAUCAUUGUUUAUAAUCUUUAAAAAACUCAACGGAAAUGUUUUCGAUUAGUAUCUCCUCGUAUGGUCACGUGAUGAAGGCUGGGUCAUGUGCAAUAUUAUACUUCCUACCCACAAGCUGUGAUUCGUGUUUGUCAUAGUGAAAUCUCAUGUUGUGUGAAUCUUUCAGUAUUGUGUUAAAUUGUGUUCUAUGUCAAUCAAAUUUUGCAAAACACAAUUACAUUUGUUUACAACCCCUACCACUGUGAUAAAUAUACAUCAAGAUGAAAAUAUUUCAGCAAAUAUGUUACUCGUGCUUACUAUCAGAACGUUAUCUUGCAAAACAAAAUCAGCGAGACUUCUGUCUCUUUCUUGAAUUUAUAUUAUUAUUCUAUUGACAUUUUGUUGUUGAGGCAGGAGGAAACAACAUAUCUGGUGUUGUUUUGUUGUUGAUGAUGUGUUGUAUAUGUGUCUGUUUAGCGAGUGCUUCAGUGCAGGUUCAAUGCUUCGAGCACAAAUCAAAUGUCUACCCACUGUGCACAUUGUUCUGUUAUGUUCAAGAUCUUAUAUAAACAACGUUAGAUUCAUAAUCUGCCACGAACAACGUUACAUUCAUGAUCUGACAUGCUCUUACAGCGUUGUAUUCAUGAUCUAACCCAACAUACGUGGAAUUCAUGAUCUAACAAAAUCAACAUUUUGUUCAUGAUCUGACAUGCUCUAACAGCGUUGUAUUCAUUACCUAACACAGCAUACGUUGAAUUCAUGAUCUAACACAAACAACAUCGUAUUCAUGAUCUGACAUGCUCUAACAACGUUGCAUUUAUUACCGAACACAGCAUACGUUGAAUUCAUGAUCUAACACAAACAACGUUGUAUUAAUGAUCUGACAUGCUCAAACAGCGUUGUAUUCAUUACCCAACACAGCAUACGUUGAAAUCAUGAUCUAACCCAACAUACGUUGAAUUCAUGAUCUAACAAAAACAACAUUGUGUUCAUGAUCUGACAUGCUCUAACAACGUUGCAUUUAUUACCUAACACAACAUACGUUGAAUUCCAUGAUUUAACUCAAACAACGUUGUAUUCAUUACCUAACACAACAUACUUUGAAUUCAUUAUCAAUAUCAACCUAUAUGAAUGAGUUAAUUCUUGUCAUAUCAAUUUCAAUCCUCACGAAAGAAGAAAGCAAUCCUCCAAAGGAUACAACUCAAUACUACAGACCUCACAGACCAAAAUCGCGUUCAGCCACAGAUCACUGGACAUAUUUCAACCAAACAAGUAUUUAUUUCUUGUCACUGAACGCUUCCCACCGAGCACUUUUGUCCCCACCGGUAUUCCGUAUUUUCCCUCUUCCAGAUGUUGCUUCCUUCAUGCUAUUUGUUCUUAAACCUCAUGUGCGGCACUAAUACUUAAACUUGUAAAAUAAUCCCACCUGUCAACAAGAUCUCAUUGUGUAACAUAGCGAUAUUUGUCAAUUUGUUGUUGAAAAUAAAGUAUUUUCCCCACAAAA